CGAAAUGGAUAUUCCUGUGUACCAAUGGCUUUGGCUGAUGGUCUCGACAUUAAACUUUGUACGGCUGUUCGGCAGAUCCGUUAUGGACAACAAGGCGUUGAAGUAUUAACAACGAACACACGAAACGCUUCAGGACCUUCGCUAACUUAUAAAGCGGACGUUGUUUUAUGUACACUACCGUUGGGAGUUCUAAAAUUAGCAACGGCAUUAAAUUCAGUGCAAGAUAAUACAGUACAAUUUGUGCCACCGUUACCAGAUUGGAAAGCAUCAGCUAUUCAACGUUUAGGAUUUGGUAAUUUAAAUAAAGUAAUACUUUGCUUUGACAAAAUAUUUUGGAAUCCAACGGCAAAUUUGUUUGGCCACGUUGGCAGUACAACUGCUUCACGUGGUGAAUUAUUUUUAUUUUGGAAUUUAUAUAAAGCUCCAGUAUUGUUAGCAUUAGUUGCUGGUGAAGCUGCUGCCGUUAUGGAAAAUGUAUCGGAUGAUGUAAUUGUAGGUCGCUGUAUUAAUGUAUUAAAAGGCAUAUUUGGCAAUGCAGGAGUACCACAACCUAAAGAAACGGUCGUAACUAGAUGGCGUGCUGAUCCAUGGUCACGUGGAUCAUACUCAUUUGUAGCAGUUGGUAGUUCAGGAAGUGAUUAUGAUUUGCUGGCUUCACCAGUUGUUGCUCCCAACGCUUCAAAUGGUACUAGUUCACCUAAUAAUUCACAAACAUCCAAUACUGGACAAGGGCGUGUCUUUUUCGCCGGAGAACAUACAAUCCGUAACUAUCCUGCUACGGUACAUGGUGCUUUCUUGAGCGGUUUGCGUGAAGCAAGUCGUAUUGCUGAUCAACUAUGUGGUUGUCCCUAUAAACCCCCAUCCACGCCUAGACAAACUUUUCAAGCCCCUCCAGCCACUUAAUUUUUA